AUGUUGAUACUUACCAUCAAACUAGAAGCCCAGCUGCCUCCCAGCCUUACAGUCCUCUACCCACAAGUGGUCCGGCGCCAGCUGCCCGCCGAAGAUCUGAAUCCUACCAAAAGGCUCCUCUUUCUCCUGCUCACCAUCGGCUUCUGCCAGCUGACGCUGAAGAAACAGGGCUCCCUGGCCCCAGAGGAUGCCCCCAGCGCUGUGUCCCUCAUGUUCAUUCCUGCACCCGCACCCACGGACCUCAAGCCCCUUCAUCUGUCAGCAGAGCCCUCGAACAACCCUCUGGAUCUCGGAACUUUUCUCUAGGAACACCAGGCUGCCUUCUAA